GAUGAGCGGGUCGGUGUCCGGGUCCUCCACCAGGGUCCACAGUUUGGUGAGGAAGGCCGGGACGUUCCCACCCGGCAGCACCGCCCCUCCGCCACCACCUCCUCCGGGAUACUCCAUCAAAGAAAAAUGGCCAGAAGAUGGCGCUAUCGGUAAACUCCUCCCCCUGCCGUGACGUGUGACCUCCGACCCUGCAGGCUCCCACGUGGGCUCAAUGGAGGAGAGCAGCGGAAACAUGCGGAGCAGCGAACCGACAGCAGCGAUGAAGAAGGUCCGGGAGAAAACAGCGAAGAAGAGGAGUAAAGAGGAGGAGGAGGAGGAAGAGGAGCAGAUCUUCAACUUCAAAGACAAACCUGCUGGAAAGGAGGAGGAGGAUGAAGAUCUGUCCGACAGUGAGGAGAGCGUGUUCUCAGGACUAGAGGAUUCUGGGAGUGACAGUGAGGAAGAUGAGAAGGAGUCAGAUGAUAAUGAUGACGACGACGAUGAUGAUGUGACGGCGGUGGAGUCAAAGCAGCCUAAGCAGACAGAAGAGGAGGAGGAGAAGGAGGAGGUGGUGGGAGGUGUGACGGAAAGAGAAGAAGAAGAAAAGAAGGAAGACGAGUAUGAACACGACUCCUCAGAUGAAGAGGACAUCAGGAACACCGUGGGGAACAUUCCCAUGGAGUGGUACAAAGACUUCCCUCACAUCGGUUACAACCUGGACGGGAAAAAGAUCUUCAAGCCGAUCAGGAACAAGGACGAACUCGACGACUUCCUGGACAAGAUGGAGAACCCCGACUACUGGAGGACAGUCCAUGACAAGCAGACAGGAAGUGACAUUGUGCUGUCGGACGAGCAAGUGGAGCUGGUGAACCGUCUGCAGAAGGGACAGUUCGGUGACGUCAACUUCAACGAGUACCAGCCCUCAGUAGAGUUCUUCAGUAGUGACGUGAUGAUUCAUCCCGUCACUAACAGACCUGCUGACAAACGAAGCUUCAUCCCAUCGCUGAUCGAGAAGGAGAAGGUGUCUAAGCUGGUCCAUGCGAUAAAGAUGGGUUGGAUCAAGCCGCGGCGGGUGGAGGACGACACCAGGGGGCGUUUCUACGACCUGUGGGCCGGUGAGGACUCAUCAAUCCUGGGCAGACACAAGAUGCACCUCCCCGCCCCCAAGAUACCCCUGCCCGGGCACCAGGAGUCCUACAACCCCCCGCCUGAGUACCUGUUCACAGAAGAGGAGCUCGCUCUGUGGGAGCAGCAGGACGCGUCGGACAGGAAGUUGCCAUUUGUCCCAGUGAAGUUCUCCAGCCUCCGUCAGGUUCCUGCGUUCUCUCGCUUCAUCCACGAGCGGUUCGAGCGCUGCCUCGACCUCUACCUGUGUCCGCGGCAGAGGAAGAUGAGGGUGAAUGUGAAUCCAGAGGAUUUGAUCCCAAAACUUCCCAAACCCAAAGAUCUGCAGCCGUUUCCCACAACUCAGUCUCUGGUGUACCGGGGUCACAGCGGUCUCGUCCGCUCCAUCAGUGUGUCUCCAUCGGGACAGUGGCUCGCUUCAGGUUCUGAUGACGGUUCUGUGCGAUUCUGGGAGGUGUGUUCGUCUCGCUGUAUGAAGACGGUCCAGGUGGGCGGAGCUGUGAAGAGCGUCGCCUGGAACCCAAACCCAUCUGUCUGUCUGCUGGCUGUCGCCCUGGAGUCCGUAGUGUUGAUCCUGUCGCCCUCUCUGGCAGACAGACAGGUCGUGCAGUCGUCAGAGCGACUGCUCUCAGGUCAGCCGGAGGCAGACACGUCCGAUGCGGCGGGGCCUGUGAUAUGGAGCGACACUGAGGGGGAGGAGCUAAACCAGGGGAUCCGCCUGAAAAUACAGCAUCCCAAAGCCGUCCACCAGGUGGCGUGGCACGCCAAAGGAGACUACCUUGCGUCGGUGAUGCCGGAUCACUCAAGCCACCUGCAGGUCCUCAUCCACCAGCUGAGCCGGAGGCGGAGUCAGAACCCCUUCAGGAAAAACAAGGGUCUGGUCCAGUGCGUGUCCUUCCACCCGGUCCGGCCCUACUUCUUUGUGGCCACGCAGCGCUCGGUCCGCAUCUACAACCUGGUCAAACAGGAAAUGACAAAAAAACUACAGGCCAACUCCAAGUGGAUCUCCAGCAUGGCCGUGCACCCCGGAGGUGAUCAUGUGAUCUGUGGGAGUUACGACUGCAGGCUGAGCUGGUUCGACCUCGACCUCUCAACCAAACCUUACAAGAUGUUACGACACCAUAAAAAGGCGGUGAGAGGCGCGGCCUAUCACAGAUCUUACCCGCUGUUUGCGUCGGCGUCUGACGACGGAUCGGUGAUCGUCUGUCACGGGACUGUUUACAAUGACCUAAUGCAGAACCCGUUAAUCGUCCCGGUGAAGGUCCUCCGAGGUCAUGUGAUCACUCACGACCUCGGUGUUCUGGAUGUGACCUUUCACCCCACGCAGCCCUGGGUCUUCUCCUCGGGUGCUGACGCCACCAUACGCCUCUUCACCUAACAACCUGCCCAGCAACCUGCCCGGCAACUGGCCAGCGAACGCGUUGGAGAUGAGGAAGCGAGCCGAUUGUAGAAAUAAUUGUUUGACUUGUUUUCAUCUGUAACUUCAAAACUGUUUUUUCUUUGUUUUUAAUUAAACUCUAACUUUCUGA